GUUUCCUCCUUUUGCAGCGGCCGCUGCCAUCUUCACCGGGGCGGAAGAGUCGAGUACGCGAGUUUCGUCUUGACAGCGCCUUCGGGCCCCAGCUGUGUUGUGUCAGGCCGUUCCCUGGCGUGACACAGAUUUGAAGAAGGGAAAUGGAUGGCGGAACCCCAAAACCAACGGUAAAUGGCGUCACCAUGAAAUCACAACUUCAGGUUACAGUCAUAUCUGCUAAACUGAAAGACAGCAGAAAGAACUGGUUCGGCCCAAGCCCGUACGUGGAAGUGUCAGUCAAUGGACAAUCAAAGAAAACUGAAACCCGGAACAACACGCACAGUCCCAAAUGGAAGCAGCACCUCACUGUCAUUGUUACCCCAUUCAGUGUGUUAAAUUUCCGCGUAUGGAGCCAUCAGACUUUAAAAUCAGAUGCCCUCCUUGGCACCGCAUCGCUGAAUUUGCAGGAAACCCUACUUGCUAAUAACAUGAAACUGGAGGAAGUGAUUGUGAACUUACAGCUGCAAGGAGACAGAGAGACAGUGGGUGACCUAUCAGUGUGCUUGAAUGGGUUGCAGGUAGAUCCCGAGCUCUUGGCUAAUGGAGAUGCUACUUCUGUGCCAGCUUCCACUGAUAACUCAAGAGUACAGAUGGAUGCUGCGGCUGCCAGCACUGAUGGCACAGAUGGCGCAAGCCCCAGUGAAGAUCGCAGAUCCAAUGGCACCAAUUCACCAUCGUUGUCCAAUGGAGGUUUUAAACCCAGCAGACCACCCAGACCAUCGCGGCCACCACCACCUACCCCUCAGAGAACUUCUAUCUCAGCCCCUUCUAAUAACGCCCUCUUCAGUAAUUCAGAAACCACUGCAAACCUGGCAGGCAGCGGUCCUCCUCCUGAGACAGAUGCGACACCCGGCAUCCCUCCUGUUUCCAGUCAGGUUCUUCCUGUCAACGUUGAUAGCCAGAGAAUCGGCAAUGUCGCCCAAGGAGCCCUUCCUCCCGGUUGGGAGCAGCGAGUGGAUCAACAGGGACGUGUGUAUUUUGUGGAUCAUGUGGCAAAAAGGACGACCUGGGACAGACCAGAGCCUCUCCCCCCUGGGUGGGAGCGUCGUGUAGAUAACAUGGCGCGAAUCUACUAUGUAGACCACAUAACACGGACUACCACAUGGCAGAGGCCCACCAUUGAAUCUGUACGUAACUACGAGCAGUGGCAGCUUCAGCGUAACCAGCUGCAAGGGGCAAUGCAGCAGCAGUUCAACCAGAGGUUCAUCUAUGGGAACCAAGAUUAUAGUCAAAAUAAAGAGUAUGAUCCCCUGGGGCCCUUACCUGCUGGAUGGGAAAAGCGGACAGAUGGGAAUGGCAGGGUGUAUUUUGUGAAUCACGCUACACGGACAACUCAAUGGGAGGAUCCAAGAAAUCAGGGGCAACUGAAUGAAAAACCACUGCCAGAGGGCUGGGAGAUGAGAUUCACUGUGGAUGGUGUUCCAUAUUUUGUAGAUCACAAUAGAAGAACCACUACAUAUAUUGAUCCUCGGACUGGAAAAUCUGCCUUAGAUAAUGGACCCCAGAUCGCCUAUGUGAGGGAUUUCAAGGCCAAGGUGCAGUACUUCAGGUUCUGGUGUCAGCAACUCUUCAUGCCGCAGCACAUCAAGAUCACAGUCAAUAGGAAAACUUUGUUUGAGGAUUCCUUUCAGCAGAUCAUGAGCUUUAACCCACAAGAUCUGAGGAGAAGACUUUGGAUUAUCAUCCCCGGAGAGGAGGGGCUCGAUUAUGGAGGAGUUGCAAGGGAGUGGUUUUUCCUCCUGUCCCAUGAAGUCCUUAACCCCAUGUAUUGCCUGUUUGAGUAUGCUGGAAAAGAUAACUACUGCUUGCAAAUUAACCCUGCCUCCUAUAUCAACCCCGACCAUCUGCGCUACUUCCGCUUUAUUGGCAGGUUCAUUGCCAUGGCAUUAUUUCAUGGCAAAUUUAUAGACACUGGUUUCUCCUUGCCAUUCUACAAACGCAUAUUAAAUAAGCCGGUGGGGCUAAAGGACUUGGAAUCUGUGGAUCCUGAGUUUUACAAUUCUCUCAUCUGGAUCAAAGAAAACAACAUAGAAGAGUGCGGCUUGGAAAUGUAUUUUUCAGUGGAUAAGGAACUGCUUGGUGAAGUUAAAAGCCAUGACCUAAAACCAGAUGGGAGCGAUAUCCAGGUGACCGAGGAAAACAAAGAGGAGUACAUCAGGCUUGUCGCAGAGUGGAGAUUAUCUCGAGGAGUGGAGGGGCAGACGCAGGCAUUUUUUGAGGGUUUUAAUGAAAUUCUACCCCAGCAGUAUUUGCAGUAUUUUGAUGCCAAAGAAUUGGAAGUUCUCCUAUGUGGGAUGCAGGAAAUUGAUUUGAACGAUUGGCAGCGAAACGCAAUCUACCGACACUACACAAGAACCAGCAAGCAAAUAGUGUGGUUCUGGCAGUUUGCUAAAGAAAUUGACAAUGAGAAGCGCAUGAGACUCCUUCAGUUUGUCACUGGGACUUGCAGAUUACCAGUUGGAGGCUUUGCAGAUUUGAUGGGGAGCAAUGGCCCUCAGAAAUUCUGCAUUGAGAAGGUGGGGAAAGAAAACUGGCUACCUAGAAGUCACACAUGCUUUAACCGUUUGGAUCUUCCACCUUAUAAAAGCUUUGAACAACUUAAGGAAAAAUUGCUCUUUGCAAUAGAAGAAACAGAAGGAUUUGGUCAAGAGUGAGAAGCCCCUGACAUAUCCUCCUGGCACAAUGAGAGUGUGUAUACUGCUGAUCCCCUCCCUGGCCUCCUCCGUUCUCCAAUUAGUUCUUUUUCCUCAAGGAUCCAGUCUUCAGUGACGGCAUAUGGUCUCAAGACAUCUUCCAGACUGUUUUACGUCCUUCUCAGCCGGACCGUUUUCUGCACAUCUUUAUCUGUGAUCUGUCACCUGGAGAUACAUGGCUCUCUCUGUAAAUGUAGCUGAGGCUUUGGUUUUAUUACAGUCUUCCAGGGAUGUGACACUAUGCAUCCCAUGUGGGGAUAACAUUCACAGAGUUCUGUCCACUUUACCCGAGUUCUGCCGCAGGACACCCACAGCCCAUUGAGCUGUAUAUAGCCAUAUUUAUUAUGCACUACGGGAGGGUGUCCUGCGGAGAGACGCUCAAGAGGAAAGUUACCUCUCCUGCUUUCUAAUGAAAGCAAUACCCCGAGGUCUACUCGAAUUAGGGGGUGUUGUUUUUACACCUGUAGAAAGCGGGACUUUGUCUACUUGAUCAUGUCACCUCAGAGCUUGCACAGAGUGGCCUCCAGUCACUGGUUAUUUCGGGAAGCAGACUUCUAAUAGGCAUCUCAUCCCCCAUUAGUUUAUUACUGUAUGGAUUGUCUGCGGUCCUUGUACAGAACAUAAAAGCACUGUAACUUUCAUACAGAUCAUUUUACGUUUGUUCGACAGAUAUCACGUAAACGCGCAUGCUUUCUAUUUCAUAGAGGACCAUUUUAUAGGCGACUGGAGAUUUAGAGCAAACGUCUGAAGAAUGAAGUCUUAAGCUCUUAGAUCUGUCUGUACUCCAUGUGUAUUUUGUACUCUUACUUGAGGCUGAUAACCUGCUUUUAUGUGUCUGACAACUGAGCAUGAACCUCACUUGUGUGAUGUCGGUGAAUGUGGUCCAAACCAGACCUCCUUUAGAACUGCAGGAUCUUAUGGUUCCUAGCCUACAACUGUGUCUGGACUGUCGAGAAAAUAUAUAGCAAGAUGAUGAUGAUGUGACUGACAGCUGAUUAACGAGGUGAUUAUACCACUCGUCCGUGGCGUAAAGGUUACCUGUCACCGGGAAAUUCACUGAUAAACCAGGCACAAUGCCUUGUAGAGCUAGAUAUGCUGAAUGUGAUCAUACCUUUCACUUAGUGAUCCGAUGCGUCGUUCUGGAGGAAAAGGUACUUCUAAUCCAUAUGCAGAUCAGUGAAGUGCACCAAGGGAGGGCCCAAGUCACCCUGUGCACCCUUGCUCCUCCUGCUUCCUCUGCCAGCUCCCCCUCCUCCUUCCUGAUUGACAGUAAAGACUUGGGAGGCCUUCCUCACAGCACUUAAAGGGGUUGUCUCACUUCAGCAAGUGGCAUUGAUCAUGUAGAGAAAGUUAAUACAAGGCAUUUACUAAUGUAUUGUGAUUGUCCACAUUGGUUGCAGCCACCGCUGCUGCGCAGAUACAAGGGAGCUGCUGCGCACCAUCAGAGAGGCAGGCGCUUUUUCCUAUAGCGUGCAAGCACGGCCACCGCUGCUGAAUUGAAUCCAGCCAGCAAAGGAGGAAUAUGGACAAUCAGGAUACAUUAGAAAGUGCCUUGUAUUAACUUCCAUUUGCUGAUGUAACAGAUCGCUAACCUAGCUCUACAAGGCGUUGUGCCUGCUUCAUCAGUGUAUAUCCUGGAGACAGAUUCCCUUUAAAGUUGAGUUACUUUGGUACAUACAUUGCAUUACUACUAGCGUUAUAUCCUGUUGUUGGAAACAGGCAUUAACCUUUUAGUAGGACAAACCCUUAAAGGAACACUAAACCUAGAAAUGAAGGACAAAAGUAAAUAUGAGAUAAUCAAUUAACGUACUUGGCUGUUUCCAGAAAUGCCAGCGAAGUGAAUGGAGAGCGCCACAUGUGCGCGUCCAAGCCCUAUUUUCUUGAUAGGUGCCAAUCCCACCUCUGGUAACCUGCAGCUGUCGUAAAUGUCCACAUGGAUCUUUUUGUUGCACUGCAGACAAGACCGAGGGGGGAAGCUCCUGCUGCAGCCAGCUGUCUUACAGCCAGCCACAACACACAGCAGAUUUCUUUAUAUGUCUGCCAUUGUAAUAUGAGACAAUGAGGGAGGAAGUUGUGGGAUUUUUCUUUUUUUAUAUGUGUUUAUUGUUCCUUAAAGGGAUUGUCCAAGUUAUUUUUAUUGAUGACCCAUCAUCAUUGGCGGGGGUCCGACACCAUACACUUAAAUAGGAGGGAGCGGUCCCAUUGAAGUGAAUGGGACAGCUUCUUGUAGUUACACUUGCUUACCGCUGCUGUUGCAACGGCGAGCAGGUAAACAAUGAAGAGAAGGCAGCUCUGCCACUUCAACCAGAUGAUCGUCAGGGGUCCUGGGUGUCGGACCCCCCGCCUAUCAGAUAUUGAUGACCUAUUCUGAGGAUAGGUCAUCAAUUUAAAUAACUUGGACAACCCCCUUUAAAUGGCUUAGCUGAGCUCAUUUAAUGCCAUCCAACAGCAGACUUCCGCUACAUCAUUGCAUGGUGCAAAUUAUCAGGACAAAUUAUGUGCAGUGAUUGAUCCAACAAGGAAUGCUGAUUGUGAAUGUCGCUCUGAGCUAUAGUAUGGAUGGGCUAGUACAAGAUGGGUAAUAGUCUAUAGGUGAAAAACAGAAAAUUGUGUUUGAAGGCAGACACAUACUUUAGAGCAGGGGUAGGCAACCUGCGGCAUUCUAGCUAUUGUGAAACUCUCAUAGAAAUGAAUGGAGCAUGCUGGGAAUUGUAGUUUCACAACAGCUGGAGUGCCGGAGGUUGCUGAUCCCUGCUUUAGGCUGAGUUCACACGAGCGUGACGGAUUGGGGCCGGAUGC